UGGCACACUACUUACGGUUACCUUUUCAAUCAUACUUAUUUAUCAUUGUUAUUUUUAUUUUGAACUAUUUAUUUAUUUGCUUGAAUUAAUUUACAUAUUUAUACACAGAUUGCUUAAGUGGAAAAUGUAGAGAAUGAUGGUGGUGAUCAGGCCAAAAAGAAAAAUGAUGACAGGGGGUCCACUAUCUCAAGUGAAAUUCAUGGAGCAAACAGUGAAAAGCUUAAUCUUUCUAGGAAACAGUUUUUCAGACGUAGAAAGAAGACCCUGGCUGCACUAGGUCCCAUCCAUACUUGUGCUCGAGCAAAGAUGAAAUUUCCCAGAGACAACAAACCAGUGCUUGAUGCAUACCUUGUGAGCAUUCUGAACCUCCUAAACAGGGUGGAGAGUUGCAAUGACAACCACCUUCUUAUGGGUGCUAAUUGUGCUGAAGAUACUCCACUAAUGAAGCAGUAUACAAAGCACUUGGUCCAAGAAAUGGAGCUCAUGGAAGGGGCUAAAGUAACUACUGACCAAGGCCAUGUAGUUGAAUUUAGAUUUCAGCUGAUCCCAAGUGACAUGAAAUGGGUUUCAUCAAUGUCUGGAGAGCUUAAUAACUGUGCUAUCUACUUUUCUCCCUUUGCCAAUGUGAACCAGACAAACAAAGUGACCAUAGGUGGCUCAAUCAGUGGACCUAAAGAAACCUGGCAACCAUGGGAUUACAAGAGGAGAAUUGAAGUUGCAGAGAAGGUUGAGAAGUUUAAAGCUAAACUUAAGGAUCCUGUGGGAAAACAAAGAGCAGAGGUCACCGAGUUCAUUGCUAAGAAAAAUCUAGGCAAUAAUGUGUUCCCCCACUGGGCAAAUAUGUGGAUUUGGUCAAGGCAGAGCCCCUCCACAACACCAAUAAUGCCUGGCAGCAAUGGUUUUCAGCCCUCCUGACACUUGCCAUGCUGUGCACUGACCAAGCUAAACUCAAGACAGCAACAGCGGUGUUAGAUCUUCCAAACACAUCACCAGUGGUAGCAUUUCUAAAUUGUGUGAGGGGAACUGCAAAGUGUGGAAGGCUUUACAACAGUUUCAACAGGUGGUUCAGCGAGAAGAGAAAAAAGGGAGUUUCUUUCUCUUACAGAUUCACUGGAUUGGAAUCAAAGAGGUUUUCAUGGAACUUCACCUACCUUAUUCAGGAACUACUGAAGAUAAACAAUCUAUCAAGUGGGCCUAUGGUGAAACUGCACACAUUGGCAUUUACUCUUGUGAAAAUUGGGGAUGCUGCUGCCAUUUACUCCAGGGUAGAUGUAAACAAGCAGCAAGUUGAGCAUUUGAAGAUCUUGGGCCAGCACUACUUCACAGCAAAUCGCCUGCUAUUAAGUGGUGUGAAUCCCACUGUGUGGACACUGAGAUAUGCCAUCCUAUAUCACACUGACCAGCUGUUGGAGAAACUUGGGUUUGGACUUGGCCUUAACUCCAUGCAGGGUCGAGAGGCCAAGCACAUCAAGCUGGCAAAGUAUGUUGAAAAUACUUGCAAUGUCAAAAAAAGCAUAAGGUGGUGGAUUGUGUUCUGCGAUGAAUUUGUUUGUCUCUUGUGGCUUAGAGAGAUGGAUCCUUUCAGUGUUUCUUAGCAGCAAGAGAAAAAGAAUGCCUGUGACUCCUACAUCCCUAAGAGGGUGAAGGACCAUGAUAACAGGUUUUGUUAUUGUGGUCUUUCAAAGUCAAAUGCACAUGAUUGCACAAUUUGCACAAGCAAUAUGAUGCAGCUAGUCAAGAAAAGUGUUGUUGCUGGAAAAGUUAACAAUGAACUCAAGCAGUUCCUUAAAUAAUGUGUUUUUUUUGUCAUUUCAGUUAACUUUAAUUAAAACUAGUAUUUGUUGUCAUGCAGAACUACCACAGGCAGUGAGGAAACCUAUCCAUCCAGUUAAGUGUUUCACUUGCCUGCCAGCACAUUUACACAACAGGGCCCAGUUGUUCGAAGACCGAUUAGCGCUAACCCAGGGUUAAAUGUUAAUCCAGAUUUCUAUAUCUCUCUGUUCAAAAGCCGUUUUAGGAUAAUUUUCCCAGUUAUUCUUAGAGCAUUCAAUCACCUCAGAUCUGCAAUUAAAUUUUACGGUAAUCCUGGGUUAUCUUAAUCCGCCUUUGAACA